AUGUUUGGGCCUAAUGCGGUUCCUUUCCAUUAUUUGGAAGGUCUAAGACUAGCUUUGUAUACACCUGAUGAAAGCGAAAAAAUCAGUGUUAAAAAGUUAACGAAUCCUGAAACGUUUGAUGCGUUGUUACAUCCGAAUUUUGGAGGUCUUUAUGACCCAGCAUUAGGUCCUACAGAUAAAGAUGACUUGUGUGGAACAUGUGCACAGAACUACAUUUACUGUCCUGGACAUUUUGGUCAUGUCGAGCUUCCAUUACCAGUGUAUCAUCCAUUAUUUUUCAAAGAGUUAUUAGCGAUUUUGCGGUCGUCAUGUUUCAGGUGCGGAGAUCUUUUUUUUUCGAGAGCUGUCAUGCACGUCUUCUUAAGGUAGGUCAGAUGGAGUCUAUUACUCAUUAGCUUUGUGGGUAAAAGUUUCCUUUAGGCAUUGUUUUCAUUUAUGUUUCAACGUGAUGCCAUUUCAUUUUUUUUUCUGGCAUCAAAUUUAGGGCAAAGAUGAGAUUUCCAGUACAUGAAUUACAACACAGUAUUGACAUUAUUAUGCAGUUAAGUCCUCUUUGCACAAAUCAUUAGGGUAUGAAAACCCAAUGGAUUGCCCUGAAGACUUAAAAAUGCCUCUUUCUUUUCAAGUUACCCAAAAACAUAUGCCAUGUGUAAGAUUUCCAUUUUCUCUUGAAUGUUUUCAGGCAAUAUGGCUUCCCAGUAACUGAUCAGUUUGUUGUUUGUAGAGAAAUUCAAAAGAGAAGUAACAGGAAAGCAAUCAACAUAUACAAUGACUAAAUGCCUGGCAGCCAGGCAUGGUCUCAGAUAGACUAAAUGCCCAGCAGUAAAAAAUUUUCACACAAUUUUCAUGAAAAGGUUCUUUCAAACUUCUCAAGAGUAUUAGAUGUUUGAUAAGAAAUGUCAAGUGAUUCCAAAAAUUAAUAUGGUUUUUUAGUGGACAAAUUCUCCUAGUUUGUACAUACUACAAUAUCGCUCGGUUGUCAAUGUUCCAUGAAACCAGCCAGACCUUCCAAGCUUUAUAACAUGUUUGUGUGGUUCAAGCUUGAUUGCUGAAAAACCAAUGCAAUUUUUUAAAUUGCUUGACAUUUCUAAGCAAAUAUCUGAUACUCUUCAGAACUUUGAGGGAACCUUUCAGUGGCAUUAUGGUGAAUAUUUCUAACUGCUGGGCAUUUAGUCUAUUUGAGAACAUGCCUGGCAGUCUGAUCAGAAGCAUAGAAUUUCCAAGUUGUCGACAACCAAGUGAUAUUAUAGUAUGCACAAGCCUGGAGAAUUUGUCCACUAAAAAAACAAAUAAAUUUUUGGAAUCGCUUAACAUUCCUUAACAAACAUUUGAUAUUCUUAAGAAUUUUGAAAGAUUCUUUUGGCGGAAAUUGCAUGAAAAAUUUUGACUGCUGGGCAUUUAGUCUAUUUAAGACUGUGCCUGGCUGCUGGGUAUUUAGUCAGCCAUCAACAUAAACAUUACAAAAUCCCUACAUGAUGAAGAUUAACUCAUUGUGAAAGUUGUACAGGGCGAUUGUUAGUGCAGUCAAACUUGAUGCUCAAUUUAAUUGUUUGAAGAGAAAUCCACUGUUUCAGACUUUUGGGCACAUAAAUUUUAUCUGGAUAAGAUAAAGCUAGCACAUAAAUUUUAUCUGGAUAAGAUAAAGCUAGAGCCAAAAAAAUUUUGGUCCUUAAGAUAAUUUGUUUCUUAACCUUUCCACUGAUUUUACUUAUUCAAGUUGGUUCUUCUCAAAAUAGCACCUCAAAUUUUUGUUUCUACUAUUAAAACACUGAUAAAGGUCUACCCUAACCAUAAGUUUGAUGCUUUCUGCAAAGAAAAAGUCUCAUGAUGACAUGUUCCCCUAAUCUGAUGAAGCAGUCUAUCAACAUUAGAAGUGAAUUAUUAUGGCUUCCUAUAUCACUGGUGUCAUUCCAAAAAGUUAUAAGGUGGAGAAAAAUUGUGGCAAUAUCACAACUUCACUUUAUACCAACAAAUGUUGAUAUUCACUUUUAAGCACUUACUAAAAUAAAAACUCUGAUUGUGAAUGAUCUUUGAUGAUCAGCAAGCUAGAAACCCUUAAUUUUGCAGGAUCAGUUUAACUGUCACUAUAUUUUGUUGUGUCUUGCAGCCAGAUGAAAGUGUUAGAUUAUGGGUUAAUCACAGUUGCUGAAGAGCUUCAACAAAUUGCCUUUGGUACUCUGAAUUGUCCGGACCCCCUUGAUAAUGAGCAGCAAAGUCAGCCUGAAUAUAUGUGCAUAACAGCUGUGGAUGAAUAUUUAAGAAAGGAGUUAAAAAAUAUAGACAGGAAAGAAGCCAGAAGAGAAUCGACUGCUAAAAAUGUCACAGAUUGCAGGCAUCGAAUUAGCAAAGAGUUUAUGUAUACUCACAUGGUUAACAAAAGACGCUGUUGUCCAGGAUGUCAAGCACCAUCUCGGGAUGUUAGAAGUGAAUACAACAGUCGUGUAUUUUUAAAGGGUUUAUCCUUGCGAGAUGCAAAUAAGUGGGUUAACACUCAAUUGGCUAAUGCACACUUGGCUAAACAUGAUUCACUUUCAGUGACUAAUGACGCAAAUGAAAAUAGGGAUGAGAGAGGUAAUGGAGUUAAAUUAUUUUUUUGUUUUUUUUUAGUUGUUGAUAUUAUUUCAUGAUCACACUUUCCAGAAAUUUUGAUUAAAGAGGCUUUUCUUUACCAGUAUUUCAACUCUCAACUUUCCUUUCUUUUCUGUGAUAGUUUGGUUUGAAAAGGGCAAUGUACUUUUUUAAUAGCCAUGUCUCUGUGUUUGCUUUUAUGUAAACUUGUAUUCAAUGAUUUAAUAGUGUAUUAUACAUUUAUAGCAUCCAGUGUUUUUUGAAUUGUUAGACUGUAUGAUCAAUGAUGCUGAUAGUGAACAAAGUGUUUUUCAGUCAGAUGUUUUCCAGUGAAAGAAAAUUACAAUAACCUUAGUCUGCUCCUUAUCGUCAGUCUACCAGCCAAUGUUUUUUUCCUGUUCUUUAGAGAACACAAACAAUUCAGUUGAAGAUGCAGCUAAAGGAAGUGAUGCUGAUAUUAAGAAACUGUUGGCACAAACUUACCUAACUCCACUUGAAGUGCGAAAACAAAUUUUUCAAAUUUGGGAGAAACAUGGUGGAUUUCUUAGCAUUCUUUAUGGAGCAUAUCCAUCUCCAACAGCAAAACGGAGGUGCUGUUCUGCAGAUAUGUUCUUUAUAGAGAUCCUUCCAGUCGCACCAUCAAGGUUUAGACCUGUAAGUAUGUUCUCCUAGUUUCUUGGUCUAAUUGAUUAUUAAUCCUUCAAAGGACUGAUCAACUGAUGUCUAAGUGUAUCCAACAAGUGUCUGUUGAAGGUCAAUUAUGUGUUUUUACUAAGGGAAGUGCAUUGUGAAACUUACCAACUACAGGGUAAUGUAUUCCCCUUUGCUUUCCAGUAUUACAAUAGGCCAUGUUUAUUUGAUUUAUAGCAUGGUAUCUGCUGUUUCACAAGAAUUUUUUUUUACUUUAUGAUAUGUAGCUUUCAAAGGUUGGGGGAAAACAGUUUGAGAAUCCACAAACAAGAAACUUGAAGAAAAUCAUGGAAGACUGUGUACUUGUCAGAAGCUGCCUUCAGGAUUUAAACAAACCUCUACCUGAUGAUCAAGAUGCACAAAUAGAAAAGAGAAAGAAAUCUUUUGUAUGUAAAUUAUUUUUUCAAUAUUUCUAGACAUCCCUAUAAAAGAUUUUUUUUGAAUUUAUUUUUAUUACUAGCACUGUGAAGCCACACAUAAUGAAACAUUACAUUUGAAAUACUAACGGUACUUACAUUACUAUUUUACAUUAUUCAAAAUACAAAUGAUGAUAAUGAUAAUGGCAUAACACAGAGCACAUUAAUUUACUAUGAAUGCAUGGUUGACACACGCAAAAAAAACUAUUGAAUCACAAACACAAUUGAAUUUUAAAAUAUUUAAAUGCAUUAUUUAUAUGUGUAUGUGAGUUCAAGGAGAAAUUAUUAGAGAAAGUACAAACAAUAAAAAAAUGACAAAAUUAAAUAAAGAAAAUAAAUAAGUAAGGGAGGGGUUGGAAAUGUCAGCCCUGGCAGGACUAGAAGUAAUGCAAUCUGCUUUAAUGAUAUUCCCUGGAACAAUCCACUAUGUAAUGAUGUGGUUAUUUGUCAACCAUUGGUUUUACAAUCUGACUUAGAAUAUUGGUAUUAUUAAAUCUUAAUUCUAAGGGAAAGAAUGCUCCAGUUACUGUACCUGGUAAGACUGCCACUGAAAGACUUCACAAUGCUUGGCUCAAACUACAAACUGAUGUCAACUGCUAUAUUGACAGUGAUUUGGAUAGAGUAUCCGUCCUCAAAUUCCCAGGAAUCAGACAGGUAAGCUUCAGUAAUCUAUCUGUGAUAUUUUACACUUAAAGUCUGCUCCUAAGAGAAACACUUAGAUUUGUUUUCUUAGAGGUCUCAAUAUUUCCCUUGACUUGUGUUGGUAAAUAUUGAGACUUGCAGAAAAACAAAACCAACCUGUUUCUCAAGGAACCAAACAUUGGGUACCAGUACUUUGUUAUACAUCCAGAGGACAAACAUGGUAGACAAGAAAAAAAAAUGAAAAUUAUAACAGUGAUAAUCAUGACUGUAAUAGAGGGUACUACUCAGUACAGGUGAAAAUAACAGUAAAUAAGGGGUAAUAAACAUGGGACUUUCGGGACAGACUGCUUAAGGUAGGAUGAUCAAGCAUGUAAUAAGUUGUUGCAUAAUACAUGUUUGGCUAUAUAAAGUAGUGUAGUGUAUUGUAAGCAAGGCUAGACCCUAAAAUGUCCUAAAAAUGUCCUUAAUGGCAAAGAAUCUUAACCAAAAUUACUAAUAAAUACAAUUUAGUGAAUCUGAUACACCAAAAGAACUUUUAAGUAAAAUGGCUUGUCACAAGACUAUGGUAACAUGGAAACAAGGCUACACCAUAAGCUGCCUUAAAGCUUGUUAGUAGGUGCUUGAAAACUUACUAGGCCUUAAGCAUUACAUUCUAGGCUGCAAUCAGUUUUGUGGCAUUUCACCACCCCUAACGGCUGCACCACUUCACAAGUGGUAGACCAGAAUAUCAAGACCAAGCCCAGAAUAUCAAGACAAAGGUGGUAGGUACAACUGGAAAGAAGGUCAUGUUGCCUUGCAUGGGGCCCUACAAACCAGCAGCCCAGCUGCAAAUGGCUUGUCAGGACCUACAGCAUGUAAUACCAGUACUUCAUUACAGCAAAGUGCAUAAUGACCCAGGUGCAAAAAUUGGCACUUUCAGUGAGCCAAUAUUUCUGGAGGCUUUGCAGGUAAAGAGAAGCUGGCCUGUUGGAAAGUCUAGCAUCACAGCUUUUGCAGAUCUGGGUACAACCAUGCACCCUACAUCAAAUACCUAUGCCACUAUGAAAAAAUUAGUUUGCUAGCUGUAUCAGUCAAAGAUAUGCAUUGCAAGGGUGAGAGAUCUGAGAUUGCGGAAGAAGUGAGUCCAAUCGGAAAGACUACCCCCAGUGCAAGCUGCAUUAAAAGAAGUAAUAAUGCAAGCAAAUAACUUAAUGCUGAUAUGGAACAAUCUGACAAGGUACAAAACAAGAGCUGCUGUCCCCAGAGACUUAUGGGUUUUUAUAAAAGUAAAGCUUACCAGGUGUUGAAUACUGUGUUUGUUUCAUUUAAGAUAAGUAGGUUCCAGUAAUUACUUGACAACAACCAAUAACUGAUGUAGUUACUCUACUGCUCAAUCAAGUUAAGAGUUGCUGAAUGCUUAAGAGAGAUGCUCAACAAAGAGAUAUCAAUGUUAAAGGGUAGGACUUAAAUUCAAGAACAUUUAAUUGUGAAGAUAAUGGGAAUGGGCUUUGUGCUGACAGUGAUGAAGAAGACAACAUUGAACUUGUUGAUGACAAUGAGAAUGACGAUAUAAUGAUGAUGAUGAUGAUGAAGAGGAAGAAGAAAGUGAGGAGGGUGAUGGUUAGGAUGCCUUUGCCAAGGCUUAAAUAAUGUGGUGUAGACCAUAUUUAUCACCUAAAAGUUACCAAUAUGAGUCAGGUGAACUUAAACACAAAGAAGAAGUAAUUUUGGAGCAGAUUUGUUGCCGUUAACAACCAUCUUAAGGCGUUUUAAGGUUCAGCCUUGUUUCCUUGGUGAGACACAAGUAUCACAUUCUACACCCAUUGUAGCAAUUUUUGUGCAAAAAGUUACUCAGAUAAUACUAAAUAUGAAAAAUUUUGGUAAUGAUCUGUUUCCAUUAAGGAUGGUUUAAGGGGAUGGUAAGGUCUAGCCUGGUUUCCAUGUUAGGGUAAAAACAUCGUGUUUUAAGGCAAUCACAGCAGCGGUAGGUGCAUGUAACCAAACUGCUGAAAACAAUUUUCAUGUUCCUCAGUGUCCACUUAACACAUCUCGAUAAGUGGCUUUCUUUUUUAGCAAGAUUCCCACAGGAUUAUAAAUGCUCCCAGGCUAUUAAAUGGAUGAUUGGAUUAUGGUAAUAGUCUUAAAUGUUGUUACAGAUACUGGAAAAGAAAGAGGGACUGUUUAGAAAGCACAUGAUGGGAAAGAGGGUGGACUAUGCUUGCAGAUCUGUGAUUUCACCUGAUCCAUUCCUGAAUGUGGAUGAGAUUGGAAUCCCAGAGGUAAUAAAAAGUAGUUUAAGUGACUGAUUAGUUGUAUUUUUUCUCCUGUCUUGUGAUUUUUCCUGUGUAGAGCUUUGUAAAAAAGCAGAAACCUAAACCAUUCAAAAUUCCCUUGUUCACGAUUUGACAACUCAAAAACUAAUUAACCAAUGACAUUUUUUGAUAUUUCAACGGCAGCUAAAAGAGGAAGGGAACUAAUUUUGACAUUCUUUGAAAUCAAAGUAUCAACUGGAAAGUGUUUUUCUUAGUAUAAACCAAACAGAGUAGUUGAAAGUCUAUUUUGUAAACACCAAGAAUAAAAUUUCUCAACUUCUGGUUCUUGUGGUACUUAAGCUCCCUAAUGACUGAAAGAGUCGUGUUUAAACUGACUGAGAAUUUUGUAUGAAAUCAAGGGAUAUUGCAAAAAGGAAUUCAUUUUUGGUUACUCCAGGGAGUGAAAAGACCAAUUUGUAAAGGUGUUAAUUAUCUAGUUUUCCAUAGAUGACUAGGGAUAAGGCAUACAUUCAGACAGCCACUAAAAUAAACAUUUUUUCAGAGUGAGACUCCAAGAAAUUUGCUACUGAAGUUUUACUGUAUUUUUGCCCUUGCUAGGUGUUUGCUCUGAAGUUGACAUACCCACAACCUGUAACUCACUGGAAUGUCAAACAGCUAAGACAGGCUGUCAUUAAUGGUCCACUUCAACAUCCUGGGUUAGGAUCUUGAUUGUAUGCCUCCAAAAAUUCACUGUGUACACUUAUGUAAAAUUAACUUUAAGAAUUAAUAAUUGUUGAGCUAAAUACACUAUUUAUGUUGUUCAAGAACAGUGCUACCAAAUAACUUACUUUAUGGCAAUAGUUGUCCUUAUUGUAUAAAAGGUAAUUGUGCAUAAAUUAAUUUAGUUCAUAUAUGCACGUGCUGUAUCUUUUAGGUAGGUCUCACUUUGUCAAGGAAGCACCUUGUUUUGAACUCUGCUGCCUUUUUCCUGUUUAACAGGGCGACCUUUGUUGAAAAUGAAGAUGGCAAAGUAACUCUCCUCAGUAAAACUGAUCCCAACCAAAGACAGGCGAUUGCAAAGCGCUUGCUUACACCAUCAACUGACAUAAGAACUUUGGUUAGCCCUUGUAAGAAGGUAGAGUUAUGCACCUUUCUCAUUUUCAAAACACCUUGAACAAGCUGAAAAUUAUGAGCAAAAAAAAUUUCUUAAUCCUAAAUGGGAUAUUGGUCCAAGUCUAGUCUAGACUGCUCUUCUGCCUGUGGUUUUCAUGUCAGUGGAGUUUAAUUUCACACUAAAGACAAUGUUCAAUUUGGACCCAUGAUGUACUUUGAUGGAAAGUGGCUCGAUGUUCUCAUUUAGCUGCAAACUGUAACUGAGCUUUACUCUUUUUGGAAUGACACUAACCCCAAGAAUUAUACUUAAUUUUGAUUGUCAAAAAAAAGAGGAUUUUAAGCUGACUAUGAACUCAUACAAUGUAGAAAAGGAACUUUGAUUGUUAAUGACUGUUAAUUUAAUGUGAGAGUUUCAUGAAACCUUACAACUUAAUCCUACUCUCAGAUGUAAGCCUUUUCCAUAAGAUAGUGUGAACUUAUUUUUUUAAAUCUAAGUGGAUAUAGGUUAUCUUUCAUGAAAGGGCUGUUACUUGUAAAGAACUAUUGAAACAUUUGGUGCUAAAAUACAAUGCUACUGAAAUGAAAAGAAACUCCAAAUCUAGGUGGAAAGAAAAGAUUGAUAGGAAUUUAAGUGGUUGCUUUGCAAAAGCUAGAACGUUUAAAAGGAGAACCCUUCAGAUUUAGGAUUAGGAUUUAUAAUUAGUGUAAAGGAAUACAUAAAAUUUAAUCUGGUUUUUGUGACUAAAUUUUCAAUGAAAUUCACCAAACUGAUGACUUGGUUUGGUGGUUAGGGGGCAAGCUUCAGCAUAUAUCUUUUUUAAUUUUAUGAUCCUAAGUUGACAUAGACAGUACAGGUUACUUGGUGGCUUUGCUAAACAAGAGGGCAGUUUGUGGUGAGAGGAGAAGAAUUUAAGAUGAUCACAAUGAAAUAGAGAGAAUCCUCCAGAGUUUUACAAAGAUGAUAGUAUUUAUAAAAAUUAUUGUGGUCAUUUACAGGUCUAUCGACACCUUCAGAAUGGAGAUGUGUUGUUGCUUAACAGACAACCGUCACUUCAUAGGCCAAGUAUGAUGGCACACAAGGUGAGAAAAUGAAACCCUUCUUUACUAAAAGCAAAUAGUAAUUACAAAGAAGUUAAAUAUAACUAUCAGUAAUUAUUGAUAAUUCUUUAAGGUUUAAAACAGAAAUGAAAAUUAAAUCAUGCAUCUCUUCUGAACCACUAGUAGACUUUAUUCACUUGUGCUACCUGUCAUUAAAUCCUUCUCAGGGCACAAAGACCCUACUGAAUAUAUUCCUCAAUCUCAAUGGAUGGUUUUGUGGCUCAGUUAGAAGUAGUUCCCAACAUGUAUAUAAAAAGUACAGGGUUAAUCGCCAUCAAAGCCCAAUGGCAGUUUAUCUGCAAGUAAGGCUAACGAUUUUUUUUGGUUUUGUUUUUGCUUUGAGGCUCGUGUACUUCCUGGGGAAAAGACCAUUCGCCUUCAUUAUGCCAACUGCAAGUCUUAUAAUGCUGAUUUUGAUGGUGAUGAAAUGAAUGCUCAUUUUCCUCAAAAUGAAUUGGCUAGGGCUGAAGCCUACCACAUAGGUUUGUGAUCAACACCCCAACUUUAUAGCCUGUAUCCAUUUGACCUUUUUGGAUAGUCUCAAGUGCUAGUGUGCAUGUAACUGCACUAAGUAGAAUACAACUAGCAUUAAACUCAAGUACUACAAUAUUGAACUGUUGGUUAUUUUGCAUUAUAAAACAACCUGAUUGACAGGUUAGCUAUGCUUGUGUUUGGAUUGUGUCAAAGGAGAAAAGAAAAUGGACUGUACCAUUGUUCUUGGUUCUUCACAGCCUUCUGCUUCUUAAGUACUGGUAGUAUUUUCACCUAUUUCUUAUACUUUGACUUGACCUGUGGGUCAUUCAAAACACUGCACAACUUGUUAAAACACUCAGCAAUUCUACAUAUUUGAGUCUGUAGUUUGCAUGUUGGAAUAAGAGGGUCAGUUAUCGAUCAUCUUAUAAUAGUUAGACCAUUUUAACUGGUUGAACCAUUUUAUUUUGGUAGACUUUUUUAGCCAACUGUAAGACUUUAUGUAGUUACACCAUGUUAACCAGCUAGAUCAUUUAAUCUACUUACACCAUUUUAACUGCUUGUAACAUUUUAUCAAGUUAGACCAUUUUAACCGGUUGGACCAUUUGAUUUAGUUAGAUCAUUUGAUAAAGGCCAUUGUAUUUAGCUAGAUUAUUUUUGCCAGGUGGACUGAUUUAUCUAAUUAAACACUUUACACCUGUUGGAUCAUUUCAUCUAGCAGUAAUGUUUUAACAGGAUAGGCCAUUUUAUCUAGUAAGAUCAAUUUUCUACUUUUGACAGUUUUAUCUAUGUAGAUCAUUUUAGCCAGUUAGACCUUUUGACCAGCGGGCCAUUUUCUGUAGUUAGACCAUUUCUAACAGUUGGACAAUUUAUUCUUGUUAGGUAAUUUUCUCUGGUUAUACAUUUAAUCCAUAAGAUCAUUUUUAUUGGUUGAGGCAUUUAUGUUAGUAGGAACAUUUUAUUAAGUUAGACCAUUUUAAUUGAGCAGACCAUUGUAUCUUAAUACACCAGAACUGGUUGGACAAUUUUAGCAAAUUAGAGCAUUUCAUCUAGUAAGACCAUUUGAACCAUUUGGAUCAUUUAAUGCAGUUACUCUAUUUUAAACAGCUGGAUCAUUUAGCUAGUUUGAUCAUUUUCCAUCAGGAACAUUUUGUCCAGCAUGACUUGUUGACUAGUUCUACCUAGUCACACCAUUUUGACUAAAUGGACAAUUUCAUCUAGUCAGACCAUUUUAACUGGUAGCAUCAAUUUAUCAAAUUAGACUAUUUUAAUAUGUCGGAAAAUUUUAUCUAGUUAGACCAUUUUCACAGCAUUGACCAUUUUAGCUAGUUACACCGCUAAGACCUCUUAAACCAUCGUAUCUUGUUCGACCUUUCAAACCAGUUGAGGAAUUUUAUAUAGUUAAGCUAUUACAACCUUUCAAGUUAAUUUUCUGGUCAAGCCAUUUUAAACAUUUAGGUUAUUUCAUCUACAUAGACUCUUUAUUCAGUAAAAGCAUUUUAUCUAGUUAGACAACGUUAACCAAAACCAUAACCAAACAGAGUAGUUGAACGUCUAUUUGUAAACACCAAGAAUAAGAUUUCUCAACUUCUGGUUCUUGUGGUACUUAAGCUCCCUAAUGAGUUUAUUUGACUAUUUUAACAGGUUGGAUCAUUUUAGAUUGGUUAGCAAUUUAGCUGUUUGGAACAUUUAACUCAGCUAGACCAUUUUAAGUGGUUAUGUCAUUUUAAUCGGUUGGACCAUCUCAACCUCUUGGACCAUUUUUUAUAAUAAGAACAUUUUAUCUACUUAGACUAUUUUAACCAUUUAGAUCAUUAUAACUUAAAUACUGUUUUAACAGGAUGGACCAUUUUAGCUGGUUUGGUAAUUUUAUAUAGAUAUACCAUUUUAAGAGGAUAGGUCAAGUUAAUCAGUUGGAACAUUAUCUGAUUAAACCAUUCUAACCAGCUGAACCAUUUAUCUAGUAAAAUUAUUCAAGCCAUUUAGAUCAUUUUGUUGGUUAGACCAUUUUAACAGGAUAAACUACUAUUAAUAGCUAGUCAAACCAUCCUAGCUGGUUAGACCAUUUUAUCUAGCCAGACCAUUUUAAAGGGUUGGUUCAUUUUGAUCAGUUGAAAUGUUGUAUUUAGUAAGGCCAUUUAGACAUGUUAGACCAUUUUAUCUAGCUAGACCAGUUUAACUGGUUAUUUCAAAAAGAAGUAAAGCAUGCCAAAACUUUUGCCACUUAUUGAAAGGUGAUCCAGGGAAAAGUUUCUUGAACACCCUAAUAAUGUUGGAAAUUUUUUUUCUGAUGUAAUACUAAGCAGACAGGAAAAUUUGUGUAAAUCCUGCAAAAGGGUGUUAUUAAACAGUGUGGUUGGCUGGGUACCUGAUAUGAAUAGUUCUUACCAUGAUUUAGUUGGUACCUUUUAAUUUGAUUUGUUCAGCCAGCACAAAUUUUCAGUACUUGGUUCCGAAAGAUGGCACACCACUUAAUGGACUAAUUCAGGACCACAUGGUGGCCGGAGUGAGGAUGACUAUCCGAGGACGCAUGUUUAAGAGGUGACUGAGUCAUGGGGUGCUUCUAAGACAUAAAUCAGAGUGUAUGAAGACAGAAAAAGCACCUAACCCAAAGCCCCUCCCAUAUCCCUCCCAAAGCCUGUAGUUUGGUUGUUAGAGCAACUUAAAACAACGAAAGCUGAUGCAGGUGUAGUCAGUACUCUUUUGAGAAAAAAUUUCAUCAACUAGCUCCUGUCUAAAAUGUUUUGAGACAGAAACUUAGUCCAGUAUGUAAGGUCAAAGACUAUUGUAUAUAAACUUUCAAUGGGUAGCAAAUAGAUAUGCAAAGAACAUUUUUACCUACUUAUUGGCUUGCUUCUUUCAGUCGUAACCAGGAAAGGGUUUUAGUUGUGGGAUGGGACUCCAUUCAAACAGCUCAUAGUUAUUUUGUCAUUUCACAAUUUUUCUUCUCUGAAGUCUAUAUUUUUGCUAGGUUUCUUGGCUAGUAUCCAAACUUAGAAUGUGGGCCACUGAGUCUUGAAUGUUCUUCAGUUUUGUUUUGUUAUGCUGCAUAAAGUUGGUCUAGAAAAUAUGUGACCCUUUUAACCAAUUAGUCACCAAACUUGGUUUUCACUUGGUCUUUUGCACUUCCCACACUUCAGGUUGUUUAAUUGACUUUAUUUGCAGUUCUGAUUGUUUUCUUGUGAGUUUUAUUUUGAUUUACUGGUAGAUUUGGUUUUGUUGGAUACACUCAAAAAGUGUUUUAUAUGCAGAAUUGCAACACAAUUAUAUAUCUAACUUUACUGAUGAUAUUAUGCUACUUUCUGUAUGUAUAUUCUAAUCAAAAGUCAUCUUACGUGAAUCAAUUAAAUACUUCACAUAUAUUUAUCAUUUUUUAGGUCAGAUUAUCAGCAGCUUGUUUAUAGUGCUGUUAGUUUCAAGAACAGGAAGAUAAAGAUGCUAAGGCCUUGCAUUGUCAAGCCUUGUGAGCUGUGGUCAGGAAAGCAGGUCAGUGUUUCAAUUGAUUGUGUAAACUCUAUGUGUUUCAUUAUUUAAAUAGACCCCUUAAAUUGCUAAAGUGGCAAGAGGUGUUUUAGGUCAUACCACAGUCAGUAGAUGCAUACAAGACAGUGUGUAUUGAUCAAUAUAAUUCUUCUUCAAGCCUUCAAGGUAAACUGUGGUGUAUUGCAGGGAUCAUGGGAUUUACCCUCUUUCUUCUUCCAUGGUCCCCUUUGGUUUAUGUAAAAGUGAUCUAGUAUGUUGUUGAACUACAUGUUGAGCAUCAUCUCAUGAUUGUAAGUUGUUUAUGAGGUUAAAUUGAUUGAAUAGUAAAUUUGAGCUUAUUGAUGUCACAUUACAAGUAAAGAAAAUAUACCUAUGCUCUUUGUCUGGAGAAACUUCACUAUGAAAAAAGAGCAGACUUGAAAAAAGGAAAGGAAAAUUACAUUGUAAGCAUCAUAGGAGCACAAUGGAUUUAAGAAUAUGGAGAGUCCACAAUCAUCAAAUGAAUUGUUAUGAGAACGAGAAUUCAUAUUCUUAGAAACAUAAUGGUUGUUAGACACAAAGAGCUUCAAUUAUGUUAUUUUUGGCUGUUUCACAGGUCAUAUCUACAGUCUUGCUUAACCUCAUUCCAGAGGAAGCAAAGCUACUGAGUAUGCAAGGGAAAGCCAAGAUUGUUGGAAAAGUAAUUAUUUGCUUUAAAGUGUUUUUAAGAGUAUUAGUCUACAGAGUCUACAAAGAUUUCUCUUUUAACCUCAUUACCAUGAAUAACUUUGAAUAGAUAAAGUUAACUAUUAGUAAAGAAAACUGAUUAUGUGAUGAUUAUAUGAUUAUAUGGUUUUUUUUUGGUUUUUUUUUCUUCGGAUACUGUGAAAUGAAGAAUUGGAUCACUGGUAAACCCAAAGAGCACUUUCUUGGAUUAUUUUCAUUGAAGGGAGAUAUGAUGUCGGAGGCAGAGGUAAAAUAAAGAAAUGACUUAAACAAAUUUAGUUGGUAAUGUCACCAUGACAUUUUAUAUUCGUAAGGACUCUCAUUCUUGAUUGUUGAUGCUUAGCAUCCUGUAUGAUUCUUGUUAUGACAUAGGAAUUGGCUGUUGAUGUUAGAUUGUUAGAAAUUUUGAAGUGAAAAAUUAGUGACAAAAAAGAAAUAGACUCAAGCUGAAUGUGAUAUACAUUUUUUCAAUUUCACCCUUCAGUUCCGUUUUUUUGAGUAUGGUCUUGUAUGUAUUUGAACUGUCUUGUAGGGAGUCAGUAACCAAAUACAGAUAUGUAAUAUAUAUAGUGUCUACCUUAUCCCAUGGUUUGAUAUGUAAUAUGGGAAGAUAAUUCACAAGUUGUGUUCUAUUUUUCUUGCCACACAGGUGAAGUGAUCUGAACAAUGAACAAAAUGUCUGCUUGUGAUAUAUUUUAAACCAUAAAAUAAGGGAUUUACUAUCCCAGCAUUAUUUCAUUUUGUAGUAUUUUGGUUUCCUUUUUUAGAGACAUUUCUACUGGCCUAACUUGAGCAUCACAUCGACCUUAUACAAAGCAUACAGAAGACAAAAACAACAUAGAGUGUUCCUUGUGGCCACAAAAAAAUCUGAUGCACUUAAAAUUUUUUUGCUAAAAAACACAAGCCACCAAGGCCAUUUUAUUGCUUUGUUUUUUACUGUAUUUUUGCAUUGUUUUACCAUGCAAUGGGGGAGAUGCGGUGGCCUAAUGGUUGCUGCGCUGGACUCCUGGUCAGUAAGUCCAGGGUUUGAGACCUGACCUGGUUGUUGUGUUUGGUUUUUGGGGAAACCACCUUGCUUUCACAUUGUCUCCCUCAUCCAGAAAAUGGGCAAAUUGUCUAGGAUGCUUGAUGAAAUGCUGGGGAUAACCUUGUAAUAUUCUGACAUCCCAUCCAGGGGGUAGUAGCAAUAUUCCCAGUUACUUCAUGUUAUGGAAACCAGGAUAAGUUGCGGCUGGAUGUGCCAUUUGGCUUGAGCACAGACUUUACCUAUAGUGUAAUACUGUCAUAUUUUGCGCAUUCUAUUGCCCUAAAAUGGCUUAAUGGUGUGGCGAUAGAACAAGAAUGUUUAAUAUCCUAUCUUAUUCAAUGGUGACAUAACAUAUUAUCACAUAUUAAGUGUGUAUCGUUUGUAUUCACACAUAUGAAUAUAGGUGGUGGUUCGUCAAGGGCAUUUACUCAGUGGAGUGUUGGACAAAGCGCAUUAUGGGCCUACUUCUUUUGGUUUGGUGCACUGCUGUCAUGAGGUAUUUACAUAAAAGCUCUGGGGAAGCGGUAUAAUUAAAUUUAAUGAAAUACAGAGGUUUUGAGGAUAUAGGUAGAGGUAUGUAUUUCAAAUCUUUGCAAUUUGUUAUGUUCCAUAAAAAAUCUUAGACCAACAACCCUGUUUGAGGGUCAUACACAAUGGUGUGAGCACAGCCAGAAAAAGCUAUUAGUCUCUUUGAGAUGUGAGCUUAAAGAAGAAAGGACAAAAGAGAAAGAGUGAAAAGUCAUAUACUAAAAUGCUUAAUAUUGACUGAGUUACUUGUUGUUUUUAAGUAUGUAUGUUAUAUUCCAUAUGUAUGUAAAUCAUCUUUAGACUAUGUCUUAGUGCCAUAAGUAUUAGUCUUGAUUGAGGUAUACCAAUAUUCACAAAUGUUGUCACCAAUCACCACAUAAAUGGCAUUUUUUCAACCAGUUUAGCUUUUAACCUAUUAGGGAUGACCAGCCACUGUCUCUAUUUUUAUCCAGGAAAUUAACAUAUGGCCUAUGUUUAAAAACAACUUUCCAUCAGUGUGGAUGUUUUUUCUUUUGUAUGGUUCUACAAACAAACAGUUUUAUGGCUUUGUUUGUAAAAAUAACAAAACUUUCUACCGCCUUGAAUAAUUUUUCAAACAAAGACUGUCAUUGUAACAAGCAUAAGGUUUUGCAAAGUGGGGAACAGCAUUGGAUGAUUCAAGCUAGAUACCAGAUACACACAACUUGUUGUAAUUUUUAUGGUUGAGUUACCUUAUACAUGCACUUAAAAAAUUUUCAACAAGAUGUUCUUAUUAUUAAUAAAUUUAUGAAAAGGUUUGCUAGGCCUGUUGUCUACUCAUUGAAAUUACUCUUAAAUGUUUACUUUCUCAGUUGUAUGGUGGAGUAGUAGCUGGAUAUCUACUUACUGCUCUGGCCAGAGUGUUCACAACUUUCCUUCAAUAUCAAGGAUUCACCCUAGGUGUAGAGGACAUCCUAGUCAAGGAGAAGGCGGACAACAAAAGGCACAAAUUUAUAAAGAAAGGGAGAGCAUCUGGAGUUGAAGCUACAAAAGAGGCUCUUGGUUUGUUUGGUGACUGUGAAAGGUAAAUGGUAUUCACUAGGUGUGGACUGGGUAUGGACCGGGUGUACUCAUGUUGACUACUUACUUGACAUAGUCUCUGCAUGCCAAUUGUGACACAACCUAACUUUGAAAGGGUAGAUAACUCAAUAAUGGAAAGUCACAAUUCUCCUCACUGGUCUGCACACAUUUUCUUACAACAACAACAGUGAGUCUAAACACCGUAACAGACAGAGGUUUGUUUUGGGACCAGACAGUUUAUCGAGUGUGUAUCCUACGUACAUAAAACACUUGACUAUUACAUCAAAGGUAUUCGACGGAAACACUGAAACAAUGGUGUAGUAAUCAGGAAGAAAUUACAAAGACUAACAAAAUAUAGAAACAAUCAAAACUUUCUGUGAGAGGGAGGGAAACUAAGACGUUCUUAGAGGCUAGAAAUAAAGUUGUUGCUUGCUUGCUUGACUACUAUCAAAACUGCACAGAUACGUAAGUGGUGAUAUACUAGAGUAAUUUUGAAAUUAAAACACGUAAGUGUGGUGCAUGGCAAUUGGCUCUAUCCAAUUACUAUCACUUGCAUGCUGAAGAGAAUGGUAUAGAAACCAUGUGAUUUUGUCCCUGUUCUUAAAAACCAAUUUACAAAUUACUGUAUUUGAGAUUUCAAAGAGUAACCUAAUAAUUAACAACCUGUCUUUGUAUAAGCUAAGAAUGUAACUACGAACUCUGCUCUCUUGAAAUCACUCAAUGAUCUGGCCUCAUUCCUAUCACAAACAACUACUGCUCUUGUUAUCACUGUAAAGUUACAGGUUUCCAAAGUCUCCUUUAAAGAUCUGGCAAUCAUUCUUUGAUUAUCUUGGCCUUUUCUUGCAAUAAUGUACUGCUAUUUUGUGCUUUUCCAGUAAUUAACAUUACCCUACUGUCAACCCAAACCAUAACCCCAGUGCUUAGGAGUUGGCCUGUAGAGUGUUACACCAGCUAUUUAAAACAUAAGUAUUUGUCCGUUGUUACCUACAUGGACAAACAGGGCAUAUUUCUCUCCAACUGCUUCGUUUGCUAUCGAUGGGGAUCCAGUUUAAUGAUACUUAUUUUUCAGAUAUGAAUUACAUGAAUACCUAUCGUAUCAUUUUGUUGAAACUUAAGUUGCAAUGAAAUAUGACAUACUUCUCGCAGGCAAUUAAGUUUUUCUAGUUUUGUGAUCACUUUUUGUUAUGGAUGGUCCUAGUUCAACUCUGGAACAAAAGCUACAGGAGGCCCACCAUAACAAGGAUGGAAGUGAUAUGAAACAGCUUGACCUAAGCAUGAAAAAGAAGACAGACCAUUACCAAGACAUGAUCAACAGGGCUUGCAUUCCCUUGGGUCUUCUCAAGAGGUUUCCUGAAAACAAUCUUCAGCUGAUGGUUCAGUCUGGGGCUAAGGGCUCCUCAGUCAACUGCAUGCAGAUUUCCUGCCUCUUGGGGCAGAUAGAGCUGGAGGGGCGCCGACCACCCCUUAUGGUCAGUGGAAGGUCUUUGCCCUCAUUCCUGCCAUAUGAUAGCAGUCCGAGGGCUGGGGGAUUUGUUGAUGGGCGUUUCUUGACAGGAAUCAGGCCACAGGAGUAUUUCUUUCAUUGUAUGGCAGGAAGAGAGGUACAUUCGCAGUUUGAUAUUAAUUCAUCCUGAAUAUUGGAUAUCUCUUGAAAUUUUUCAAAAAUUUGGUCUUGGUAAUAGAGCUUAAGGCACAAGUUAAAGUCAUGUUUCAGUCUUCGAUAUUCAUAAUUGUUGCUUCAAUUGCAGCUUUUUCAGUGUGAGUCGAUUCGUCAGCCAUCAUCCAUUUUUCAAAUAUGAUUAUUUCUUCUUAACGUGUCGUGUACAAUGUCCAGCUUCGCAUCAUGUUGGAAGUAAUGAAUGAAUAUACCACAUUAUCUAUGUACUCCAUUGCAUGAAGUAAAUGAAGCUGCCUUGUUGGUUUUGUUGUUUUUAGGGUCUUGUGGAUACAGCUGUUAAAACAAGUCGUAGUGGCUACCUUCAGCGCUGUCUCAUUAAACACCUGGAAGGUCUCCUAGUCAAUUAUGAUCUUACUGUGCGAGAUAGUGACAGCUCUCUUGUGCAGUUUUAUUAUGGUGAAGAUGGCUUGGAUGUCAUGAAAACUUCCUUUCUUUCGGAGAAGCAGUUUCCCUUUAUGGCAAGCAACUACAAGGUUCUUUACAUUUGUGUUUAUAUUUUGAUCAGUGUCACACCUGUACAUUUCUGACUGACAGAGAGCUUAGCUAUACGUUUGACAUUUUUGUGUAAUCGCCAAACUGACUAACGGUUAUCAGCGAUCUGAUUUGUCGAAGAGAGUCGAGUCCCACCUCAGGUGGUGUAAUUUUAGUAGGAGAUGACGUAAGCCUUGGCCAAUUAGAGAUCGAAGGCACGUUUUCUGAGAGUUUUCAUAAAUUUCAAGGUUUUCCCUCACAAUGAAAUCACGAUAUGAAGGGUAUGUUCUGCUUGCUUAAAAAAAGAAAUAAGAUUAAAAGCUAGCUUUUUCGUAAGUUAUCGGCUAAUCGAUGAAAAAAAAUGACAAUUUUAUACGGUGACAACUUUUUUUAGUUAAAAUGACUCCAGAAAUACAUGCAAAAUACAGCGCCCUCAUGGUUCCAUGCAAUCUAGAAAUUGUAUCCUUGGUGCUUAAAAAGAUAAAACUGGCUAUGUCGAUGAAGAAUUUAAACACGUUGUUGAGUUGACAUAUUUCAAUUACUUGCACCCUGUAAAACAUGACAGAAAAAUUUUUAAGCACAAAAGUUAAAGUUCCCAUAAUGAAUUUGUUUCUAGGUGUUGCACCUCUUUCGCUCUAAUUAUCCAAAACUGUAUUGUAGAAAUUCUCUAUCGUCCUUUCGAGCUUGCAACACUGGUCCAAGUGUUUGCACUAUAUAAAGGCGUAACAGCACUUGAAUGAGCUUUUUAAUGAAACAAAUAACGUUUAAUGGAAUUUCUAUACAAAUGGUCGAAGCAUUUUCUGAAACAGCUUUUGAUUUAACUUUGUUCACAUUUUUUUUUUGGAUGAACACAGGCUUUUCUACAGCAAAUGAAUCCCAAAGCUCUUCUUCCCCAUCUUCAGUCAGAAGAAGCACUCAAGCUUGAAAAUAAGGUGUGUUGGAACUUUCAUAAUGAACUAGAACUUGAGAAUCGAUCUUUGUUGGUAAAACUUUGUGUGAUUGGCGCCAGAAUCAAGAUUAUUUGGAUUUUACACAGUAAUCGACAAGCUCAGUCUAUCUCUUUCAUAGUUUUGGUUCCAUUAAAUGAGUUCACCGUGUUCACUGUAUGAAUUUUCUUUCUUCGCCAUUUUUCUUGAUGUACCUCUACCUCUCAGAUUAAAUCCCAGUACGAGUACCGACCAAUUGCUGCCCUAACCAGUUAAUGACAUAAAAAAAUGCAUUCAUCGACAAAACAGGAAUUGCAGAUCGUUAGAUAUGCUUCCUUCCCCCCCCCCCCCCCCAAUUUUUGGGUUUCACCCACCUCAAAUGCUGACUAUUACUGAUGUGUAAAAAUGGGGCUAAAAAUAAAUAUAUUCAAAGAAGAACAUUGUUUGGACACCAAAAUGAGUUUCACAUGAUCUAAGGGUUUUCUUUCUUAAUUUGCAAUGUUUCCUUUUUAGAUCAACAAAAAGAUGAGGAAACAAAAAGAGAGUCACAUUAAAAGAACCUCACCGUACCAUUAUUUUGCUGCAGACAAGUGUAAAGAAAUACAAAAUAUAAAAUCAAGUGCUAGUCAGCUUACGUUUGGGCGAUCUGAGGUAUGGGGGUGAAUUACCUUGUAACUACCUUCGAAAAAUAUUUUUAGCUCCAAAAAGAAUAAUUAUAGUAAUGAAAAUAGCAAAAGGGCAUAAUUAAGUUUAAAAAACGUUCCCAAAAAACUUAUUAUAUUCCAACAUACUAAAGGUAAUGAAUGUCUAUUCAAAUUUGUUAUUUUGUUUUUUUAUUUUCUUCUUUUCCAUUUAGUUUAUAGAUCGCGUAGGCAAUGUUACUCAAGUGUGUCCAAAGUAAACAAAAAUCAAGAUUAGCAUGAAUAAGGUUAUCUGAUUUUUGUAGAGCAAAAUAAGAAUUGCAAUGAGAAACCGAGAGGGGUAAUAACUUUCAGGUACCACGUCACUGAUCAUCUUAAAGUGUUUGGCGGUCGAUAUUUACUGUAGCGGACAGAGUAAUAGUAAGGAAAGGUUCAGUUGAAUUUAUUGAUAAGAUGAACCACCAACUUUUCUUUCCCCUUCAGACAGAUCUCAAGAUGAUUGAACGAUGGAAUGAAGCACCCUUGGCUGUGCGCAAAAGGUGGGCUUUAUCCCAUGACUCAUGUUUCUUUUAUUUUAUCGACAAUUCUUGCAUUUUAGCAAGAGAAUAUAAAUAGUUCAUAAUCUGUUGAUUUUAGUUAAUUAAAACUUGUGCGCAGGGAUAUCACUUGAAUAGAUGAGACCCUAGCAGACUGAAACCCAGAAACUUUUGAGGUAUUCAGAUGAGUAAAUUUCCCUCGGACUUCUGCUCAGUCCCUUAAGGACAUAUAGCCUUGAAGGUGACUGGUGGCUUAGCCGCUUUGUGGUUUUCCUUUGGCGGGUUCCUUGAAAUGCCUGAGAUUCACUUUCUUUCCUCGAGGUGCCAUUGAAGGCUUUGAAAUCUUCCUCUAUGUCGUGUUAUAAUUUUUUCCAACACAUUCUCUUGUUACUGUACCAUAAUCAUCAGAAGGAUCAAGGAAGUUUCUUAGACGAUCAAAAUGAGGAAUGUAUGUCCAAAGAUCCAUCGUAGCAGAGGACUUCAGUGUAUUCCUCUUGUGUAACAUUGCCAUCAGGGGACCCUUUAAGUGUGAGGGUGUGUUUUGUCACUUCAGUCGCACAUUUUGUUACUUGCGGUCACUGACUUUCACUAAAGUGAGAGAUACCUGGAGAUGAUUGUCUUUUAACUCUUCCAUUGUAACAUCUGUGUUACUGUUGACCAAUGGAAAAUAGUUUCUAACAGAGAGAUCUUUUGGUAAUUGGCGUCUAAGAAUAUUUGAGAUGCUGGUUUGAUUAUUUCAAGGAUGUGCGUCUAUUUAAAGCAUCAUCCUUUGCAUACGCAUUGGCGUGUGAACAAUUUAUGGCCUAAUUUUUAUGUCACUCCUCUUCCUUCUGGGUAUGUAAUGAAAACCUUUACAAUUUCGAGCAAUUUAGGAAUCGGGAAGGUUUCAAACAUUUAUGCAUUGCGCCCUUUUAUAAUCUCAAAUGUUUGGCUAUGAAUAUGAUCGUAUUUCAAAUUCCCUAUCAUGGACCAAUUAUCCUCUGAGGUGAAUGAGCUCGUUUAGCUUUUUGACCUCUUAAAGAGGUUGUCAAAUAAUGUUGUUUGUCUCUCUCAGUUGACUUGUUAAUGAGUUAAGCAAAAAUAACUUAAAGGAACUUUUUUCAUAAACUCUUCAGCCAUUCAGUCAAAGAACGCACCUUUGCAUACUUAAACAGAGUGUUUUGUUGUUCAGGUAUCAUAAGAAAUCCGCACGUUUUCCUGACCCUGUUUUGUCCAAGUUACAGCCCGACAGACACUUUGGAGCUGUUUCUGAGAGAAUUUUCAUGUCUGUCAAGAACUAUAUGGAAGGAAACCCUGACAAGUGCUUGACUGAGUACGAGUCGGAAGAAAGGUUAACAUUGAAUUCAGUCAUUACAAAUAGUUUUUAAAGCAUUUUGCUGGGUAAAUCUCAAGCGUAUAGCUCUUAAAGUGUUCUUCAAAUUGAUUCAUUUAAAAGAAUUGUCCUCUCUCUAGCUUAAAAAAAAACCUUUUGACUGCAGCACAGAGUGGUUGUGAUGACAGAAGUUUCCUACCAACCAACGCCUCUUUUUUCCAUUGUAUCGUAACAGAAUGUUUAGAGUCCAGUUAUUAAUAAAUUUAUCCUAACGUUGAAAGUAAAGGAAUACGUUAUUUCAAAGCAAAAUACUUGAAAUUGUUUUGGCUCUUUUUAAUGAGCUUCAAAAAGAAUAAAUAUUGGCUAAAAACUAUUGUAUACGUCCUUUGCUCAGUAUUCAACAAUAUCAAAAGGAAAUACUGGAAAAUUGAGCUCAAAGUGAGUGUAGUUGUUUUUUUCAGUUUGAAAUUACCAUCCAGUAAGUUCAAAAACCUGAUAUACCUGAAAGCGUUCCGUGCCUUAACUGAGCCAGGAGAAGCUGUAGGACUGUUGGCAGCUCAGGUGAUGGGUUGCCGAUUUUUUCCUUUUACCUGUUUAACUUAACUUUGAAUGUUUGGACAGCUGCUCUUCUUUGUUUGAAAGACCAAAAAUGAUGCCCAAACUAAGCUCGAAAUGUAUGGUUCAUUAAAUUGAAGUUGUUCAUUUUCAUACAUGUCAUGUCUCCUAGAAGAAGAAUUCCAUUUUAAAGAAAUAUAAUCAAUUCUUCCCAAAGCAACAAUGGUUGCAAAACUCCAAAACAUUACAAAAGAUCUUGUUUCGUAAACUGUAUUUUGAGCACAAGGUCAUUGUUGUUGUUGUUGUUGUUGUUUUAUCAGUCUAUUGGUGAACCCUCUACUCAAAUGACACUUAAUACGUUUCACUUUGCCGGCCGGGGUGAGAUGAAUGUGACUCUUGGAAUUCCAAGAUUAAGGUAAUUGUUUAAAUUUGUUUAUGAAAUUUAACAUAACAUGUGCCUUUUCGUAAAUACUAGCUUUGCAAUCUUGUCUCGUUAAAGCGAAUACCUUUAUUUUUUGUGGAUGGAGCAGUUUUCAAUUGAAUUUUGAAAACUCAUAACCAACUUGAAGUAACCACAACUGAUAGUCAGGGCAAAAGUUAACAUCAUCAUUUACCAAUGAGAACUCGAAGUAAAAACAGGCAACCUGCUUGAAGCGCGGGAAAACGCGAGUGACCAAGUUGGAAUUUGUGUAAAAUUUGCGUUUUAAUGAUUGAGAUGGCGGGUGAGUUUUCUAGAGCAAUCACAGAGUGAGAUAAAGCCUAUCCAAAGCAAUCCAGGAUCACUUUCCAUUCUCAUCUGAAAACUUCGCUAGGUUAAAAGCUAUAAACGUUUUGAUGAUAGAACCAUUCGAUAGAAUAUAUUUCAUGCCGCACGACAGCAACGAAUCUGUUGUGUUUUUGAGGUCAGUCAGUCUCCAAUUGAUGUGUGAUGACGGUGAUAGUUUUCUAGUUCUUGUCGCGAAAUGUGAAUUAGACUUCUUGUCUUGGACAUGGGGCUUACUGAGAUGAACUUAACAAACGCUUAGAAUCCCAACUAUAUUCUUCUUCACUUUAACAGAAUUUGUGUUUGACGAAAUCGUUGAAUUCUUUUGUCAUUUGAAUUUGGUACUUUUUCAUAUUGUAGUUGAAUUUCAUACCCACCACAUUUACAGAGCGCUGUAGUGAAUGUUAUUUUAUUUAAAAAUACGUUCGCAGGGAGAUUUUGAUGACUGCUAGUGCAAAUAUCAAAACCCCGACCAUGGACCUCCCUCUUAAACCAAGGAAGAGGUCACAGAAGCUUGCUAAACAGCUGCAGAGGCAAUUAACCAAAGUUACUUUGGCGCAGGUACGACACUAUAUUAUUUUUUGUCCCAAAUGACGUCCUGUUCAUAUCAUGACUACUUUAUUGCGCUUUGUCUGAUAGACCCUACUCCAAAAUGACAACCAAAAUCGAAACUUUAUCAGCAUGUACUGAAAAGUUAUUUAUUUGGUGUAUAAAAUAUAUAAAUGAAACUCGAACUGAUUUUUUCUGGGUUAAAACAACACCUAGCCCCACAAAACUUUGUAACAUACACUCUCAACCUCAUUAAUAAUCCAUUAGAUCAACUACCAAUCACCGGAUGUAUACCACAUCACGUUUGUGUGUUUCGAUACCCAAUGAAAAACAAUACAUCAUUCUCCAGUGAGAGUUUGCACAUCGACAACUUGCACAAAGUCAUUGAAUACUUAUUAGUCAUAAGUAACCUUACUUAGUCCAGGCCAUUUCCGAUCCAAAGUCUUACUACUGCGGCACGAAGACAAUUGUUGGGAGAAAUUGGCAAAAGGGUAGGGAUGAUACAUCGCACACAAGUCAAUUUAGAACUCUUUAUUUAUUAUUUGUUUAAAAGUGAUAAUUUAUUUUCGACUCGAGCUCGUUUUUCAUCGGGGUAUCCAAACAUCUUGUUUCUCGGUGUUUAGAUACGUCAAUGUUACACUCACUCUCGAUUUGGAAUUAGUACAAAACAGAAGGUGAUUAUUUGGUAGCCCAUGAAAAAGUCUGUUACUGAUUGUGUAACGCUCAGGUUAUUAGUUAAAUACCUGAGAUAUUGUCUAAGCGCUCUCUAACCUGUCUUGAAAUUGGCAUAACAAAAAUAGCGUUCCUUAAUAACACUGCUUCUGGUGGGGCCAAUUACGACUCCAAAUGUCUAUUGUCUUCAGCGUGAAAGUAGCUAGUCGACUUUAUGCUUACUCUGCCCAUUACAUCUUGUACUAAUGAAGGGACUGUUCUUCUGUCGUAAUGUUGUUUUUCUACCAGAUUAGCUGAAUGUGCAUAUAAGUAAUUGAUUGUCUGCGCUUUCCUUUUUCUUUCUUGUUUUCUUGUUAAGCUGUACCAUAAGUACCGGGAGUCUGGUAGUUGACGAGUACAAUAACUCCACGAUAGUGGACUGACUCUGAACACGCUGAUUGAUUUUUCUUUUAACUUUGGUUGCCUAUAAAUAUUGCUGAACAUGUUCGUACGUUUCAUCAUUAUGACGUAAUGAUCUAUCCAUAUCAAAACUUGCCGUAGGCUCGAUGACGAGUUGCUGAAUUUAAAAAGAAGCACACUUCCGCUAGGCUCAUAUAUAACACUGAUUGAAUUUUUUUUUUCCUCUAGGUAUUACAAUCUGUGGAUGUGUGGGAGUCAUUGCCAUCCAAAACUUCUACUGGAACACGGUGAGAAACUCUAAACUGGCAAGUAAGGUGCAAUAAAGCAUGUAAAUUUCAGCAUAUUAGGUGUACACUGUACGGCACGAGUAAAUACACCUUACUCGGUUGUUUAACGUAUAAUACGCGUGGACAUGUUGCGAGUUGCGUCCUACGUUUCCAAGCCCUGUACCAGAAAAGGAGUACUUGAUCGCUAAUUGAGAGAGAAAGGUUUACUUUCGCCAUAAAAUAAACUUUUAGAAAGAAGCUAUACUUCAAAACAAAGACAAAAAUUUUAAUUUCCUAUCAUGUGACAGUUGCCGUAACUUUUAGGAGCAUUUUCUAAACAGCAAAAGGAAUUGGAAUGUGCUUUUUGUCAGAAAAUUUUGAAACUUGUAAACCUAAGCCAAACUGUAUGCUUCAAACUUCAUACUCUUCAGUGCUCUGAGUUUUUUCUAAGCCUCCCCCCUUAAAGAAAUCUGUAAUCAGAUUUAGCUGGUAGUUUAUAAUUUUAUGUAUAUUAUUUAUUAUGAUGUUAUGUAUGUUUCUGUUAUACAGAAAUCUUGCUGUUGUACUGUGAGACUUAUCAACGCAAGUUCUUAAAGCAAAGUUCAAGUUCUUUUUGUUUUUCUUUAGAGAAAGGUGGUACCGCAUCAGAUUUCAAUUUCUUAGCGAGUUGUCAUUCAAGGUGAGACUAUCUAAAAUGGCCUUAAACGUGUACGUUAUCAAAUUAUCACACUAGUGGUACUUUGCGUUUUUAAAACAUUUCCAAUAUAACAAAUUCAGUUCUUGCUUUGGAAUAACGCUAGCUUCUCUUAUCUUCUCUUCCGUGAGACAAAGCCACAGUAAUAUUCAUUUUUUUUUUUGAAAUUUUUUGAAAUUUUUAGGUUUUUGUAGCACAAUUAACUCACAAAAAUCGUUUCUGUUUUCUUUGAUUUGACUAUCUUCUACCGCUUUUUGCGACUACAUUGCCGAAAUUGUCCAAAAAUUACGAACCUAAGUCCGCUCCGCUUCCUUUUGGCUUGCGCAGGACCAUCUCGUCCGCUCGGAUACCCAAUCAGAUCUUAGGACUCACUUAAUAUUGCCUCGUUACUCAGCGUCAGAAAUUCCUUACGCAAAGUAGCAUUUCUGCCUAGUUUUCUUUUUUUAGUUAAAUGGACGAUUUUAUCGUAUUUUUUUUAUUCAAAGCUUUCGCCCGCUUACGGCAUCCUUGGUGAAUUUAACGAUAUAUGUUUUUUACGUUCCCUGACAAUGCCGUAGAUCGGCGGAAGCUUAGAGUUAAUAAGAGAGACAGUAGCUCAAGGCCUCAAUGGAAUCGUUCAUUUAAUCAACUUGCUACUAACGGACAACUUCAAACGUUCUCUUUUUUCCUGUUUUCGUUUUAUUGAUCCUCUUUAUAUCGUCCGGCUUAUUAAAUGUCUGCGAACCUAGAAGCCGUGAUUCUGGGCAAGCAGCAAAACAUUCAAUUUCAUUCACCUUUGCGAUUCGCGGCGACCUCAAAGGCGGUAAAACUGAGAGGAUGAAAACUUUCGUAUGCGGCCUUUGAUUGGUCAUAAGUUGUUCUCCCUGGAGAGAAAAAUCUUAUGGCCCAUCGCAUAGUUUCUAGUCUUUAACAGCCCAUUUUUAUUUGACAGCCUUGUUUAGAUUAAAUCUCAGUAUUCGUAUUGCAAAUGUUAUUGCUUGUUCCGUUUGCUCAUAAUGAUCCAGCGUUUACGUGGAAUUUAGAUUUCUAGUCGUUCCUUAUCUUGCAGGAUGAGUUGAUUGUGAGAUCAGAAGACGUUCUUCACCACAUGGAGACAGUUUUUAUUAAAAGAGUCAUUGGGGCCGUCAUUAAAGCCGCUAAAGUUAAACGUGGUGAAAGGUCAGUUUAAUAGCCACCCUUGGUGGUUCGAGGGAAUCAGUGGCGUGAGAGUUCAAUUUACUUUGAGUGGACAAGAACAAGAAUGAACCAAACUAAACGAUAUGUGAAUGAAAGAAACAUUUCCUUUCUCUCCUUCAGGACUUCAAUUUGCAAGCAAUCGUGUAUUUCUCCAGAUCAUCAGAUAACAGUUACUUGUCAGUUUUAGAACUUUCUAAGCAUCCUUGUUCAGCACGAAGCAAAAGAAAUGGCAUCUUUUCUUUUUUGAGCAAGUAAAUGAAGAGUUUCCAUUUUGAAGCUCACACUAUGCUAUUUGUAGUCAAGGCACCUACUCAUUUUAUUUUUGUAAACUUUAGAACUAUCGAGUCUGUGAAUAACACAGAGCAGCAGAGAAAUGAUAGGGACGAAGAAAGAAGUACCCAGCCUGGUAAGAGUAUUAUACGGACCGUUUUAUUAUAGAUACAGUCAAAGUGUCAGUGAUUUUAAGUGCUUUCCCCCCUAAAUUACCUCCUAUGAAUCCGAAUAGCUUUCCUUGAAAAUCUCCCUGAGCCCUGGGAACUUAAAAAGGAGAAUGACAAUUACAGGGCUAUUGACACCAAUCGAUACGACUUAGCUAAUUAUAAGUGAUUGAUCGAAUGGAUGCUUGUGUUUGCGCAAAGGUUCAUGGAAUCGCCAAGGGCUAAACAUCGCAUUUUGACAGAAGGAAAUAUUUGGGGAAAGAUUAUUUCAACAUCCCUAAAAAACGAUUGAGGAGAGAGAUCAUCGCUUAUUUCUUCGCUCUCAGGAACAACAGCUCUCGGGAGGAAUGAAAUUUUCCCUAUCCGCAACGACUUCUCUCCUUUAAGGAGGUAAAUUCUCAGAUUUUGCCAUAACUUGAUUAUUGAAGAUGGCUGUACACACGUCAAUACUACUGAAAAUGCGUUUCUGGGUUAUUUUCCUCGCGAUCUAUAGUUAUUUUUGUAAUAGUGUGAAAAUCGUGUGUAAUCGUGAAAAAACGAUCAUCCCCUCCUAAUUGGUUUUUUUCUGACGUCAUAACAACCUUUUUUCAUGUUGAUCCUUCCAUCAACUCGCAAUAUGUGCCCCCUGGCGAUACCAUAAACGUUUGCCCAUAACACAAGGAUCCAAUUACUGGCAACUCAUUCAUUGCCAUCUGGUAGUCUCGCUGAGUCUUUUAUUGGAAAGGAAUAGCUUGCGUUGACAUUGUUUGCUAGAUGAUGACGACGAUGAUGACAAUGCUGAUCUUUCCGAUGAAGAAGCUGCUGAUGGUGAUGCUAAUGAAGCAAAACAGAGGCAGAGACGUCAGCAGGUGAAAUGACUACAUGGCUCAAUUUACAUUGCGACUGAGCUGUAAAAAUAAGGAAGUGUUGGUAAUAGUUUUGCCGUUUAUUUUAAAGAAACAUGAUAAUUGCCACACUAAUAAGGCAAUGAGUGAUACUUUUAAUCGUCCUGCUUGCCGAAUUAGUUCUCUCAUUUUCACGAAUGAAGCUCUUUCAUAUGAACGCUGCCCAAAGUAACCUUGCAUUGAAACUUUAAUUGUAUAAUCCUUAAUAUGGCAUUAUCCAUCAUGCAGCAUGCCAGCUAUGAAGCCCCGGAUGAGGAUGAACAGAUGGUUGAACGUGAACUUGAUGAUUCCUCUGAAGGUAAACCGAAAAAAACAACGAAAACAUCACUGUUCUUACAUAAUUACACUCAGCAAACUGUUCCUAAAUAAUAACACUCAGCGAAGUUUUAAGUAAUGGUUGUCUGAGGUAAGUCUGGUAUUCAGCGUUGUUUUCUGUUAGUCGAAUUUUGCUUGUACUUCGUGAUUGUUAAUCAUUGAACUUGCUUUUAAAAUUAUUGCACUCUUUAACAAAAAUUUCACUAAUAUUUUUGAAAAUUUUGGUAAGUUGGUCCCUUAUGUUUUACUCUUUUAUUGUGUGUGGAUGUCACUUGAGUAGUACGUGGUCUUCUUUUUGUUGUGAAUUUUAUUGCAAAUAGCGAUCCUGGACAUAAUUCUACAUGUAAAGUCACUGCUUGUAGCUUGCUACAGCUGAUGUUUUUUUACAUAUUUAACUUAAUUUCUUUUAUUGAACAGAUGGAGAUAGCAGUGAAGCAACAAUCAGCUCAAGAAUGGACGCAACUAUACAGGGUACACACUAUUUGUACUAUCUUUCGAUGCAGCUUUCCUUCCUUUUCACUGGCUAAGAACACACCUCUUCACCACGCGACCUACCAAUGAUGGUCUUCUUGUGUGCAAUGUCAUCUGCUCUACUCAUGCGUAAUUGUGCCCAUGCUCUCCCGUUGAAAAUUAAUUAUCGUUUCUUCUAAGCCGUCAGGGAGAGAUUGUUGAAAUAAUUGUGAAAAACAAACCCGAUAUUCCAAUGAUUGAACAAUAGUUGAAAUCGGUCGUAAUAAAAUAUUAUGAUUUGUGAGUGUCUGGUAGAUCUACCCGCCGUUGACAAGUCAACAUUUUUUACCUUGAACACUGUCACUGGUUUAGUUUUGGUUGCGGUGGUUGUGAUUGAAAUAAGAACGACUUAUUUAUUUUAUUCAUUAUCGAUAUGUAUUUGCCUUUUUAUAUGUGUUCAUUACACUCUAUUUUUUUAGUUACCAUGUAAACAAUAAGUUCCAUUGGGGCAUUGUCUGUUCCGAGAAGUUGUGAGCCUCAAGAAAGAGUCAAUGUCAAAGUACAAAUAUGCGAGCACAGUUUCGCUCCAGACGGAGGUUACUGUGUUUAUAAUUCAUUAAUUUUUUUUCAGCGGGCGGAAAAAUAGAAUUUAUAAACAUUAUACUAUCAAAAGCGUUUACAGAGUAGAUUUUGACUCCUAAAAUUUUUGAUAUCACCUUUACUUUCUUACAACUGCAAAAUUCAAUUUUGUCUUCAAUCAACUUUUAAGAUAUUCAUCAUAUUGGACGGACUUGUUUAUAUAUAGGGGAAUAUCAUUUGAAGAAUGUCACUGUAUUAUCCACAGUUUUAGCUAGGUUAAUAUCCAUUCACUUUAUGUCGUUAAACCAAAUGCGAGGGAGCGAAAAUAUUUGGUAGAUUGAAUAUUCAUCAGUUAAACUGCUUUGUUUUACAAGGAGGUCCAGGCCUGAGGAAAGCGGUAACUACACACAUGCAAAAUAGCAGUCAAAUCUUACGUUUGUUUGAUAUCUGGCAAAGUUUAGAAGUAAUAUUAUGGACUGUUCGCGAAAAUGGAGGUUGUAGUCAUUCGUCUAUCUCUGUUUUCCAAAUAGAUGACAAAGAUUUGAAAUACAAUGAAAGUAAAGGCAAACGGAAAUCAAGGAAGACCGAUGAUGCGCGAAUACAGGUAAUCUGCUAUGAAAAAUAUCGUUGUGACUAGUGUAGACUUACAAGGCUCUCAAACCAGGAUUCUGUUUAAUGUAAGUCCACAAUUUUGCUACCUAGUCCGAAACCAAAACAAAAAUGAGUCAAUCAUGAUAUAUUGACAUUUGGAGGUACGUUUAACAAAUUUAGACAGGAUGACUAGAGUAAUGAUUAUUUUAAAAUUUUGCCAAUAUCUCACAUCCGCGCACUGCAAACGUUCACACUCGAUUCAAGAGCGCGGAACGUACAGCCAAGGCGACUGCAGAAUGGACACAGCUUACUUCAACAAUCAGUUAUGAGCACUUAUUGUGUUAUAGUCAAUGUUAAACAAUCAUUCUGAUUUGGAGUCUCAAUUGGCUACAAACCCGUGUCUUUUGAAUAAUAUUAAUUACUUGAAAAAGCAAAUAUUCUCAUGGAGAACUACUAUACCGAAGCUCUUAAUGUUUGUCAGUUGCUAAGUUGCAUUCGUCGUGAUAGCUGAAUAUGUUGAAAUGCAAGCCCACAAGACUAAAAGUGCAAGAGACGCUUUCGUAAUUUUCAUAUGAAUCAGAGGUAACCACCAUCUCUUCUAUAUCUCUUCAGCGUGUUUUGGAAAGUGACAUUCGCAUUGGAGGCUAUUCUUACGAUGUCAAGAAAGAAGAAUGGUGUGAAGUGUCCUUGAUGGUAUGUUAGCCUUGUCUUGUGUUUUUACUUUAUUCACUGAAUAUUCAGAUAUCCAUACGUAGUCUCUCUCGCUUAAACCAGUGAACGUUUUGAAAAGCGAACGUUACAUUUAAGGAAAAAAGAUUUCUUUUUAAAAGAUAACUUGAGUAGGAUCGCCAAUUAUCUUGAGUUUAUUCGUCGUGCCAUGAAUUCCAAAGAAAACGACUUCAUCAGGGUGCUUUCAUGGUACUGAUAUAUAGAAUCUUAUUUUUGCAGUUUCCUGCUGAUAGUUUUAAGAUACAACUGUUAUCUCUGAUUGAGAAACUCGCCUAUAAGGUAAGUUUAAAAAAAUCGGGUAACUUGUAUUCACACGGGUGCGUUACCUUGAAAGCUCUCACAACUUGGGUUAUUUUGGGAAUUGUUUAGUUUGUAGCGGUCGUUGAAGGCUGAGGCUGUAAGUGACGUUUUCUUGCUCCAAGUGCACUGAUAUGACACAAUGUAGCUCACCCAAGAGUACUCUGAUAUCUGUCGUACUUUAUCUCUCAACAGAGUGUUGUCUAUGAAACGCCGCACAUAAAUCGAUGUUUUUUAAUUGAAAAUAACGAUACCGUAGUGCUGAAAACAGAAGGAGUUAAUAUUCAAGUAAGUAAUGGUCGAUGUCACCGAAUUAUAUUUAUUCCUUCCUUACUUUUAAGUUGGUAAAUAUCAUGUCAAGUUGCGUAUUGCCAUCUGAACAGCUUAUUGUUAUCAACAAAAGUUAAAUCCUUGGUUAAAACUACAAUGAAAUGACUUUAAACAACUCCCACUGUUUUGUAAUUGCGGACAAUUUUUGCGAUCCCAGAUCGAAAAUUUUUUUGGUGUCCUCUCAUUAGAUAAUUAAUUUAGGGAGUGGUAGAAAAAGAAUUCUCAUCAUAAAUGGCUGACUACUGACUGAUCAACUGCAUCUUACUCCGCUUCUUCAUCAUCUUAGCCUUCAGAAUCGUUCAGACUGCUUGACUAACUUGCUGGUAUACAAAGUGACUAAUUUGGUUAAUAACAGUGAGGCACGUGCUUGACCAUUCAGACAUUGCUAGACUAUUAUGGAUUAUUGGGGACUGAUUGGUGUACUUAUAAAUCUGCUAAAUGCUUUUUAUGUACAGUGUGCUAAUUGACGUAUAGUAUUAAUUGUUGUUAAAACAUUGUCUGGGUUUUCACUUGAAGUUCACAAAGCGACGGUUUUGCAAGUGUUCUUCGUUUUUGUUGAAGCUUUGUGUUUUCAUCAUGUGAUUAACGUCAUAUGUCUGUGCAUGAUGGUUUUUUGCUUUUCACUGAUUUCCUAAAAUAUAAGUAUUGAUUAAGUUUUCCACGUGCUAUUUUAUCAGGAAACGUGGCAAUAUGAAGACGUAUUAGACUUGACAAAGGUGUAUACUAACGAUAUUCAUGCUAUGGCAAGGGUUUAUGGAAUUGAAGCUGCAGCAAAAGUUAUAAAAAAGGUAUUUUUCCUUACUUUGUUUAUUUACAAAGAAACAGUUUGUCAAUAAAGUGGCUAACAGCAACAGAAUAGUCAGAUGGUAAAAAGGAAUUGGAAUGUAUUCCUUUUGCUCAGUAAACCAGUUUCAACAUGUCCAGAAGUCAACAUUAGAUAAUGGACAUCACUACAAGGCUCUGGUGUAAGAGCCCAUCAAACACUGCGAUUUAUUUCCUAAAGCGUUUGGUGACGUCUGAAAUAUUAUUUUUCGCUCAUUUUAAGUAUCGAAAUGAUGAGAUACUCUUUCGUCCGUUCAUUGCUAGUCUAAGUUUACCUCACUGUAGCCUGCUCGUGCUAAUUCUGAAUGUCAGAAUGUCUGACUUUCUCGCAAUGAUGCUGCCAAGAAUGCUCACCGAAUAAUGGAUGGUGUUUUCCUUUAAUGCUCGCGAACUCGAAGUAAGUGAUACAUUUUGGAUUCCAGUGAUUUUAUUUGCUAGAGCACAUCCAUUUUAAGUCAACGUUGAAGCCUACUCAAAACUUAUUAUCAACUCACAGAGUGAAAUCCUACGGCACCGGGUCCGGCACCGGUCAGAGUCGGGUUUUUUUAGCUAUAGAUUGCAUCCUAUAUUAUUGCAGUAUGUUCAAUCCUUAUCCCCACAACAGUUCUUUAUCUGUCUUCGCAAAAAACACCACAUUAGUGUUCCAAUAAGUGACUUAUUGUUCCACGGAGAGUCCGAAAGCCUAAUUUUUUUUUCAUUCUCAACGUUUCGUUUUUACUUCAUUUGUUCUGUUCUCGUUGACCUUGAAAGCGCCACACUAAUGAAUCACUAGCCAAUUUCCUCUAUCGCUCACAAUUCUCAGUAGGCAGUCUUAUGAUAUCGUUGAACAUGAAGCCGAUCAAUCAUCUCAUGUUAUCCUACUUUCACUUCCUAUGCCCACCUCUCUCCCCUCCGUUUUUACUCUGGUCAGAUUUUAGGUUGUUUCACGGUUUUCUUGUUUCUCAAGGAAAUAAAGAACGUAUUCAAUGCCUAUGGAAUCAACGUAGAUCCACGUCACCUUAGUCUCAUAUCGGACUACAUGACUUACGAAGGGACAAUCAAGCCAUUUAAUCGCCUUGGACUUGAAUCAAACGCUUCUCCUUUUCAAAAAAUGAGUUUUGAAACGACGACACACUUUCUUCGUGGAGCGGUUCUUUCAGGGGACACAGAACGUUUGGUUUCUCCAUCUUCUAGACUGGUCGUUGGCCGGGUCGUUGAGAGUGGUACAGGAUGUUUUGAGCUGCUGCAGCCGCUCUGCUAAAUAUUUGGCUUAAGUCCUUUGAUCUUGUCACCUUUGGAUGAUUCGCAAAUUUAAAGUCAAACUGCGAUCGCAGGAAACGAUUUCACCUUUUUGUUAUAGCUAACUAACCCUAAGCAAUUCCUUAAAUAAUACUCCAAGUAAUUCUUUUUGGUGACUCGUGACUUAUAUGAUACCGUAUCCUCAGUUGGAACAAUAAUUGGCGAACUGCAGCGCUCAGACGCACGUAAUGAUAAGGCCAAUCUUUCGAGAUUUUACAAAUGUUUGAGUUAUGCAGAGAUGAGCUACAGGUAUAGUGAGUUAAAGAUGGAUUUUUCCAGUGAGGUAGAUGGAGAAACUCGCAUGUACAAUUCUGAUUUCACUGAUAGGAGUGAGUUUCUGAGGCAUUUUAUUUUGCGGGAAUGUAUUAUUUUUAUUAUUAUUAUUGAGGGGAACUUACUUUUUGUGGAUCGAGGAAAAUCAGUUAAAUGUUGUUGCUACAUCUUGCUUUCAAGAUGAGAUCGAAAAACUAAAAAAGAUUGACCGGUCUCACUGGUCGUUUUCGAGAACCAUAACAGUCCGUACUCUACUGCUUCUGGUUUUUCGAGAAUUCCUUAAAGUCAAGGCUGGUCUUUAUCCCUCUGCUUUUCCUCAAUAUAAUCUCUCGUGUCUACGACCGGGAGGACCUGUUUGCUCGCACGUGGGUCCUACAUUGUCUAGUUUACUCUGAAAUGUACUUAUAAAUUAUUAACUUGUCAAUAGUGCACAGAUAUGAUAGUAUAGUCUGAUCGUCCGGGUGAGUGUGAUCCUGAGAAGGACUGUUGUCGGUAGUGGAGGCUGACGUUUCGACUACUUGAGCGGAAGUCAUCAGAAUCAAGUGAAUAGUAGUUGUCAGUCGAAUGUUCUAAGUCCGAUUCGUAUAAACUGAUUGAUCAGUUUUGCCGUGAUGUUUUUGGCUUUAAGGCUCAAGUGGCGUAGGUCGGUUUCGAUUCGUCGGCAAAGUUAAAUCGUUCUGUUUUGUUCGUUUGUAACGUUAAAGAGUCGUUUGUAUGGUGCCGGAGUAGUUGACACCUGUCGAGGAGAGUAGGUGAGUCUGUUCUAAGUUACUAAACCAGCUUUCCAGAGUCAGUCGUUGAAAGUAGUUGGUUUUGUAGGUUAGGCCUAACCAACGAGUGACCUACUGACAAUGGAAAGCUGGUUUACUAACGUAGAACAGACUUCUUCCACUCAACAGGUCUCGGCUACUACAGGCACCAUAGAAACGACUCACGCUUACCCGGACGAUCAGACUGUUACCUCCGGGAUCAAACCAUUUAAAAUAUAAGAUGUAUACUGAGAAAAGGUCCUGCACAUUGGUUUUACUGUCAGCGUUACGUGGAUGCUCCCACGAUGGUAUCCUACGUAGAUAUUUCAAAUACUUGGACGUUUACAUUCAUUAAUCAUAACCAUUAAAAUUUCCUCAAAUGUGAUUUGUGUAUUAGCUGCUUUAUUAUUCACUAAUCUUUUUGUAGAGGUGUAAUGGAACAGUUGGCUGUAAUCGGACACCUGCAGUCGGACAAUUGAAGCAGCCAAUCGUAGUCCUUUCGGUCAAAUCCACUAAUCACAGAAUUUGUCACAAUCACCAUAGCAACAAC